AUGGUUAAAACUCAGGUUUACGGCCAUCGUGGAAUGGGCUGUAGUACGGCCUUACGCUUUUCUCUAUAUCCCGAAAAUAGUUUAACGGCGUUUUCUAAGGCUUUGGAAAGUGGAGCAGAUGGAGUUGAGUUUGACGUGUUUCUAACUGAUCUGGGCGAAGUAGUCGUGUGUCACGGCUUUCCACCUUUGGGGCUCGCCUAUGUAAACCUGCUGGACUACAGUUCAGGCCAAUUGGAGCAGUUUCCCAAAGACCUGUCCAUAGAAAAUCUUAAGGUGCCACACGAUAAGGUUGUUCUGAGAGCUCCCUGGGUUUACAAGGGGGCCAGUACAAGUGACGAGAUGGCCCAUUUGAUGUCCCAACUGUCUGAAGCUGAGAGGGACCGAUUGUCGGAGGAGUACAUAACGUCAAAGGAGGGAUACGUCCCUGAGGGAGCCUCUGAAUAUGAAAGAUUGCCCACCCUAGAACAGGUGUUUGAAAAGUUUGGCGGAAAACUCAAAUUCAACGUUGAACUGAAGGGAUCAAAGGUACAAUUGGGAGUUGAAGUGCUCAAAAUAGUAAAAAAAUACAAGAAUCUGGAUGUUCUUAUAUCAUCAUUCAGAUGGAUGCCGCCUCCGCUAACUGUUAUUAAUGUUAAUUCGAGCCAUGAUAAGCUAAAUGAACCGCCAACAGAGAAUUUUAACUACAGACCCACGAAGGAGCUAGAAGCAGACAUAAAACUUAAGUUACAAAUGAGAAAGAGGGAGGAGGAGGAGAAAAUGAAGGAGUUGACUAUUGAGAAGGACCCAAACGAGUCACCGGUAGAUUUACUCAAGUGCUUAGUCAAAAAUGAAUUAAAUGUCCCCUUGGGACUUCUCUUUAAUCAGAAUGAAUCAUUGCCGAGUAUAGACCGUAUGUUGGAAAUGGUUAAAAAAUACGAUGCCGCUUAUAUUAAUAUACCUGAUUCGUUUUGGAUUAAGAAGAAGCCCAUACUAAAUUUGGAGCUAAAGUCAGAGGCUGCUCUGGGACACUUGGUAAAACAGAUGCACACCAACAAAGUUAAGGUGCUCACCUGGUCGGCAUCUCCGUUUGAUUUUUCAAAACAUUUUCACGUUUAUGUGGAUGCAAAUGUAGACGCUGUGUGUGUCAAUAGCGUCAAGGAGGUAAUAGCGUUUCAUAGGCAGUACCACUCAACCUGA